AUGCCGCACGCGGCAGCCGCGCGCGCGCGCGCGCCGGCGCGGUGCGGGCGGCGCGGACCUGGAGCGGUGCGUCGAGCGCGGGCGCGGGCGAGCGCGGGCGCGGCGUCGACGAGCGUCGUCGAGGGCGUCGUCACGCGCGUGGCGCGCAUGGGGAAACGCUUGACGUUCGUGGACGUGCGCGCGCGCGAACAGCUGCGCACGCGAGACGGCGAGGAGACGUCGACGGUGUUCGUCAAGUGCGCGGCGCAGGUGCCGCCGGUGAUCCGACCGGGCGCGGUGGUGGAGUUUGAAUACGAGUGGGAGACGCGACGGGCGAAGAGCGGGACGCGGAGCGGCGCGUACGUGUCGACGACAGAAAUGCGCGUGGUGGAGCUCGCGCCGGUGACGAGCGUGGCGAAUGCGACGAGUGAAAUGUUGGAAAAGUUUGCGGGAGUAGGGUUGAUCGAUACGACGGCGCGAAGGAGUAAAGGAUUUGGGAUUUGCAAGGUGCUUCUCGGCGGCGACGUCUGUUCAGAUCCAAACUGCGAUAAACGGCAUGACGUGAACGAAGAAGAGUUGAGCCAGGCGCGAGAAAGUCGGAAAAGAGCGCGAGAGCGAUCUAAGAUGGCGAUCGAGCGAGAAAGAUCGGAUAAUGACCCGCACGGAGAUGCGAAUAAGGAGGCAAAGUGCGUCAGCGAUCGGUUAUUCGCCGAAUGGUGCGUCGAGACGUUCAAGCUGAAGGAACGACGGGAAGUGGUCGUCGCUGAUAUUGCAGGUGGUGCAGGGGCGUUAUCGUUCGAAUUCCAUGUGAACCACGGCGUAGGGGUCGUGCUCAUAGAGCCGCGAUGUGUCGCUUUGACACCUCGGCAACGCGCUACGGCGAAGAAUUUGCGUCGACGCGGAGCGCGAAAUGACGCCAAUCCAGACGUCGCAGAUGCGUGGCUUCGAUCAGAAAUCUGGGUCAAAUGCGCAGAUGAGCAAAACGAGAAGCGGAUGCAUGAACACGUGCAGCGACUUGUGGCGUACACGGAAAUUGCGAGCAGCAAAGACAUUAAUGUGAGCGCUAGCGCUCCCCCGACCGACGUCGUAACUUUGCACGAGGCACCAUUCGACGAGUUCCCCACAGAACUUCCCCGCACGGUCGUAAAGUCACCUUUUGGAGCUGAAAUUGCGCCUUUCACGCACAUACGCUCGGAGUUUUGGACGACAGAUUCUUCUGUUGGAGCGCGCUUGCGCGAGAUGCGUCCUUCGCUCCUCGUCGGCAUGCACUCUGACCAGGCCACGGAAGCAAUCAUCGACGCCGCGCUCGAGCUCGAUGUCCCAUUCGCUGUCGUACCAUGUUGCACGUUUCCGGAGCUGUUUCCUCACCGACGCACCGCGCUGGGUGGUCCGGUGGCGUCUUACGCCGACUUCAUCGAAUACCUGCGCGGCAAACAUCCAUCCAUCCGUUCGACGUUCCUACCGUUCAAAGGCAGGAACCAGGUGUUGUACAAAACUUAG